AUGCCGCCGCCGCGCGCUCCCGCCGCCGCCCGCCCCGGGCCCGCCGCCGGGGGCGCGGGGGCCGCGGGGGCCGCCGCCCGGCCCGCGCCCCGGCCUCUGGCGGCGCCGCGCCCCGCGCCGUGGCUGCUGCUGCUGCUGGCGCUGCCCGCCGCCUGCCCCGCGCCGCCGCGCCGCGUCUACACCAACCACUGGGCGGUGCGCGUGCUGGGCGGCCCGGCGCAGGCGGAGCGCGUGGCCCGCGCGCACGGCUACCUCAACCUGGGCCAGAUCGGGAACCUGGAAGACUACUAUCACUUCUACCACAGCAAGACCUUCAAGAGGUCCACCCUGAGCAGCAGGGGCCCACACACCUUCCUCCGCAUGGACCCCCAGGUGAAAUGGCUCCAGCAGCAGGAAGUCAAGCGCCGGGUGAAGAGGCAUGCGCGGGGGGACCCCCACACCCUCUAUUUCAACGACCCCAUUUGGUCCAACAUGUGGUAUUUGCACUGCGGGGACAAGCACAGCCGUUGCCGCUCGGAGAUGAACGUGCAGGCGGCAUGGAAGCGAGGCUACACGGGGAAGAACGUGGUGGUCACCAUCUUGGAUGACGGCAUCGAGAGGAACCACCCCGACCUGGCCCCCAACUACGACUCCUACGCAAGUUACGACGUCAAUGGGAACGAUUAUGACCCAUCACCGCGCUACGAUGCCAGCAACGAGAACAAGCACGGCACGCGCUGCGCGGGCGAAGUGGCCGCCUCCGCCAACAACUCCUACUGCAUCGUGGGCAUUGCCUACAACGCCAAGAUCGGAGGCAUCCGCAUGCUGGACGGGGACGUGACGGACGUGGUGGAGGCCAAGUCGCUGGGCGUGCGGCCCAAUUACAUUGACAUUUACAGCGCGAGCUGGGGGCCGGACGACGACGGGAAGACGGUGGACGGGCCGGGCCGGCUGGCCAAGCAGGCCUUCGAGUACGGCAUCAAAAAGGGCCGGCGGGGCCUGGGCUCCAUCUUCGUCUGGGCCUCGGGCAACGGCGGGCGAGAGGGCGACCACUGCUCCUGCGACGGCUACACCAACAGCAUCUACACCAUCUCGGUGAGCAGCACCACGGAGAACGGCUACAAGCCCUGGUACCUGGAGGAGUGCCCGUCCACGCUGGCCACCACCUACAGCAGCGGCGCCUUCUAUGAGCGCAAGAUCGUCACCACCGAUCUGCGCCAGCGCUGCACCGACGGGCACACGGGCACCUCGGUCUCGGCCCCCAUGGUGGCGGGGAUCAUCGCCCUGGCUUUGGAAGCAAACAGCCAGCUCACCUGGCGUGACGUGCAGCACCUGCUGGUGAAGACUUCCCGGCCGGCCCACCUGAAAGCCAACGACUGGAAGGUCAACGGGGCCGGCCACAAAGUCAGCCAUCUCUACGGCUUCGGCCUGGUGGACGCGGAAGCUCUGGUCCUGGAGGCGAGGAAGUGGACGGCGGUGCCCGCACAGCACACCUGCGUCGCCUUCUCCGACAAGAGGCCCCGGAGCAUCCCCGUGGUGCAGACGCUGCGGACCACGGCCCUGACCACGGCCUGCGCCGACCACUCGGACCAGCGGGUGGGCUUCCUGGAGCACGUGGUGGCCCGCGUGUCCAUCUCGCACCCGCGCCGUGGCGACCUGCAGAUCCACCUCGUCUCCCCCUCGGGGACCAGGUCCCAGCUGCUGGCCAAGAGGCUGCUGGACCACUCCAACGAAGGCUUUUCCAACUGGGAGUUCAUGACGGUGCACUGCUGGGGCGAGAAGGCCGAGGGGGAGUGGACGCUGGAGAUCCAGGACAUGCCGUCCCAGGUCCGCAAUCCGGAGAAGCAAGGGAAGCUGCGGGAGUGGAGCCUGCUCCUGUACGGCACGGCGGAGCACCCCUACCUCGCCUUCAGCGCCCACCAGUCCCGCUCGCGCAUGCUGGAGCUGCCCGCCCCGGGGCUGCAGCCGCCCGCCGCGGCCGAGGGCCCGGAGGACGGGGAGGAUUACACAGCUCGGUCCUCCCAGGGCCCUCUGAGCGUGUCCCAGGCCUGCACCUGCCACCCGGAGUGCGGGGACAAGGGCUGCGACGGGCCGGGCGCCGACCAGUGCCUCAGCUGUGUCCACUUCAGCCUGGGCAGCGCCAAGGCCGGCAGGAAGUGCGUGAGCGUGUGCCCCGCCGGCUACUUCGGGGACGCGGCCGCCCGGCGCUGUCGCCGGUGCCACCGGGGCUGCGAGACCUGCUCGGGCCGGAGCCCCGCCCAGUGCCUGUCCUGCCGCCGCGGCUUCCUCCUCCACCAGGAGGCCGGCGCCUGCGUGAACCGCUGUCCGGCCGGCUUCUACGCGGCAGAAAGCCAGAGGAAGUGCCUGCGGUGCCACCCCAGCUGUAAGAAGUGCGUCGAGGACCCCGAGAGGUGCACCGUCUGCAAGGAAGGGUUCAGCCUGGCCAGGGGCACCUGCCUUCCCGACUGUGAGCCGGGCACCUACUUCGACUCGGAGCUGAUCCAGUGUGGGCAGUGCCACCCCACCUGCAGGACCUGCGUGGGCCCCAGCAGGGAGGAGUGCAUUCACUGUGCCAGCGGCCUGCACUUCCGGGACUGGACGUGUGUGCCCGCCUGCGGCGAGGGCUACUUCCCCGAGGCGAUGCCCGGACUGCCCCACAAGGUCUGCCGGAGGUGCGACGAGAGCUGCCUGAGCUGCGAGGGCUCCAGCCGCAACUGCAGCCGCUGCAAGGCGGGCCUCACGCAGCUGGGCACCUCCUGCGUCGCCAACCACACCUGCAGCAACGCCGACGAGACCUUCUGCGAGAUGGUGAAGUCCAACAGGCUGUGUGAGCGCAAGCUCUUCAUCCAGUUCUGCUGCCGCACGUGCCUCCGGGCCGGGUAG